UUUUAUAUAUAUCCAAGUAGUUUGUACGACUUACUGAGUUUUGAUGAGCUCAGAGUCCUGUAGCAUUUAAGAUUUUACCAUGCUGACAGAUUAAGAUGAAUGCACGCAAUCCAAUGACUGUGGAGGGCUUCUAAAAAAUGGAAAUCUAGUGGGAAAUCAGUUUAACUAUAGUAAUCACCCUCUCUGUUUUUUAACUUCAUCCUAUUUUUGUCCUUUACAAUGUGCUUCUAUACAUAUAUCCAUCAGAAACUUCAAUUUUCAUAUGGUUAAGGAAAGAUAAGAUUUUGAUUUUGAUUAUUUUAUUUUAUUUUCUGCUCUAAACAUAAAGCCUGGAUGUGAUUGAGUUGGAUUACUUAUUUAGCUAUUUAAUAGCAAACUGAGAAAGAGUUCUUUGCCAGAAACCAUGGAGAAGAAUGAAGAGGCUGUGGCAACUGAUGAGCCUAAGAUUAACUACAGAGGAUGGAAAGCUAUGCCUUUUGUUAUAGGAAAUGAAACUUUUGAGAAGCUGGGGACUACUGGUACCUCAAACAACCUCUUGGUAUAUUUCACUACUGUGUUCAACAUGAAAAGUAUCCAAGCUACAACUCUCGUUAAUGUCUUCAAUGGUACAACAAACUUUGCAACCUUGCUGGGAGCAUUCCUCUGCGACACUUAUUUUGGUCGAUACAAGACGCUGGGGUUCGCUUCCAUCGCCUCGUUUCUGGGGAUGGUUUUACUUUCGUUGACAGCAGCAAUCUCACAAUUGCACCCACCUUCCUGUGAGAAUCAACAAACUGGAACAUGCCAUGGAGCGACACCAUGGCAAUUGGCAUUUCUGUUUGGUGGACUAGGAUUCCUAGUAGUUGGAGCUGGCGGAAUCAGACCAUGUAAUUUGGCCUUUGGAGCUGACCAAUUUGAUCCCAAAACAGAAUCUGGAAAGAGGGGAACCUCCAGCUUCUUCAACUGGUUCUACUUCACCUACACUUUUGCCAUGAUGGUAUCUUUAACAAUAGUUGUGUAUGUGCAAUCCGAUGUGAGCUGGGCUUUGGGAUUGGCAAUUCCUGCAUUUAUGAUGUUCCUAUCAUGUGUAAUGUUCUUUAUAGGAUCAAGAAUAUAUGUGAAAAUAAAACCAGAUGGCAGUCCCUUGACAAGCGUAGUGCAGGUCAUAGUGGCUGCUAUUAAGAAGAGGCGACUGAAGUUAACAGAUCAACCAUGGUUGUCCCUUUAUAACAAUGUUCCGAAAGAUUGUAUCAACUCCAAGCUUCCUUACACUGAACAAUUCAGGUUCCUCAAUAAAGCUGCGAUCGUGACACCUGAUGACCAAAUCAAUUCGGAUGGUUCAGCAGCCAAUCCAUGGAGACUUUGCAGUCUGCAAAAAGUGGAGGAACUGAAAGUCUUAAUAAGAGUUAUUCCUAUAUGGGCCUCAGCUGUUGUGUAUUAUGUUGCUUUGAUUCAACAACAGACCUAUGUAGUCUUCCAAGCCCUCCAAUCUGAUAGACGCCUUGGCAAUACCAAUUUCAAAAUCCCAGCUGCAACUUACACAAUCUUCACCAUGUUUAGCCUCACUAUAUGGAUACCUAUCUAUGACAGAAUCAUUGUUCCAAGGCUCCAAAGGUGGACAAAAAAAGAAGGUGGCCUCACAAUCCUUCGAAGGAUGGGUAUUGGUAUGGUUCUUGCCAUAGUCACCAUGCUUUUAUCUGGCAAAAUUGAAGAAAGGAGAAGAACCUUGGCUCUCACUAGGCCACUUGGUGAGGAUCCAAGAAGAGGUGCAAUAUCUUCUUUGUCAGGAUUGUGGCUAAUACCUCAGCUGACACUUACAGGACUUUCAGAGGCAUUUACUGUAAUUGCCCAAGUCGAGUUCUACUACAAGCAGUUUCCAGAAAACAUGAGAAGUAUUGGGGGGUCUUUAACAUUUGUUGGUUUUGCUGCAUCAAAUUACUUGAGUGGUUUAUUAAUAUCAAUAAUACACAGAACCACGGAUGGGGCUGCAACUGGGGACUGGUUGCCUGAUGAUCUUAACAAGGGGAGAUUGGACUACUUCUAUUACUUAGUUGCAGCAUUAGGGGUUUUAAAUUUGGGUUAUUUUAUAGUGUGUGCAAGGUGGUACAAGUAUAAAGGAAGUGAUGAUGCUAAUUCCCCACAUGAAUUCGGUAAUGGAAAACUGCGGUCUGAAAAACCUCCAGUAUAAAACAUGAAUUAGUACAAAUUCAUUCAAGAGGAAAACUUAUCCUACGGUAUGUUUCAACAGUUCACUUAUACAAAAAGAAGUUAGCUAGAAUCCCUUGCCAUCAACUUCUUGUCUUGUAACCAAGUUCUCCAUGGUGAAAAAGAAUGCAAAAGAUUAUUCAAGUUCAACCUUUCAAUAAUUAUGUAUCAGUAUAAUGAAUUCUAUAGCUUGAAGUCAAAAAUGUUAUCCUUUU